AUGCGUGAUGCCCGGAUUACAAAAUUAGGUCAAGGCUUGCAGCGCGCUUCCUCGAAGCUGUUCAUUGAUGCCGCAAUUACCGCUCAAUUCAAACGAUUCAUCCCGUCUGAGUUUGGCGUCAACACCCGCGAAGCACGUGGUACCAAAUUUGGUCAAUUUGUUGCGCCAAAGAUUGCCAACGUUGAUUAUCUUAUUGAGCUCUCCAAUGAGUAUAGCUGGUUCUCGUGGACUGGCAUAGUGACUGGUACCAAUCUUGCCUUUAUCGGCAAAUAUGUUGCCGCUUCAUUGGCCAAGCCUGAAGCCACGGCCAGCAAGUUGUUGACCAUAGCCUGCUUUACAAUUACUCAGAAUGAGGUGAAAAGGUCCAUUGAAGAGGAGAUAGGCUCUGAGCUCACUGUGGCUAAUGUCAAGACUUCAGACCUGGAGAAGAUUGGGCAACAGAAGCUUGCGAACAAUGAUCCCAGCGCUUUCAUAGAGUAUCUCAGCCAAUAUGUUUUUUCGGACAGUGCUGGACAGGCCGUCACGGAGAAUACUGCCGUUACAGUGCUUGGCUUACAGGAGGAGAGUCUUAGAGAGACUGUCAGGGCAGCGAUUGCUGCCACACAGUAG